AAAGAAUAAUUAUUAUGAUUCAAUAUGAAUAUGUGGAUCAAAGUCCAAAAAAAAAAUCGCCCAUUGAUCAAAACCAAAUAUGGGGUUUAUUAGUAUUUUUCCGAUGAAUUGCCCAACAAUUACCUCUUAAUCUUGAAAAAAAAAAAAAAAACACACAGGAUGCACAACACCCCGAGUCGGCAGCCACCACCUGUCCGCAGCGUGUCAGCCUCACACCACUACUCACGGGUCCUCGGAAGGCAGCGUCCGUGCAGUAAUCACGCCGCUCGUCCUCUGCUCGGUACUCCCUCUUCUCGAUUCCUACUCCUGCACAGCACUGACAUGCACGCAGUCCGACCAAAGAACGACGCACAUGCUUCGUCUUCAUCCUCCGCCAGCUUUUUGCUCGAUUCCCUUCGCCACAGCACCUCGAAUUUAUUAGCCUGCCAAUAACGCCACCGCACCAAGACAAAUAGUGUGCAGAUAUAGCCGUUGCAAUGUCACGGUCUCAGCUACUCCGCCAUUAAAUCCCUUCUUCCUUGCUCGACGUCUCGCGAAAAGCAAUUCAUCAAACACCUGUACUGCAUACGUCCUGGUUUCCUUCCUUCCUUCCUCGGCAAUGGCUGGAAGAGUGCGAGCAACAUUGUCUUCUCUGCUGAUCUUGUCUUCGGCUCUGAUUUUUCCGACUCUCGCUUCAGGAGGAGCCACGAAGGUGGUGCAAGGACAGAAAACCUGGUGCGUUGCCAAGCCGUCGGCGGAUGAAGCGACCUUGGCUGCAAACUUGAACUUUGCUUGCUCUCAGGUGGACUGCAGCGUACUGCAGUGGGGCUGGACUUGCUUCUACCCGGAUACUCUCGUGUCCCACGCUUCCAUCGCCAUGAACCUCUACUACCAAUCCAAGGGCAAGAACUACUGGAACUGCUACUUCAAGGGCUCGGCACUCAUCGUGACGACAGACCCGAGUUUCGGGAGCUGCGUCUACCCCUAUGCAUGAAGAAGAACAGAGCUAAUAGGCGACUGAUGGGACCAAAUCUCCUACGCAAAUCUGCUUGGAAGGAUAAAGCCGCUGUCCUCUUGCUUGUUUGUUUGUAGUGAGAUGUACAUUGCCCUCUUAUCAUGAAUGCUAUGCCUAAUGCUCGAGACAAUCUUCAAUAUUUAAAGCAAUGACGGAUGACUUUUCUUUUGGGGAUAUAUAUAUAUAUAUAUAUAUAUAUAUAAUAUAAUAUAAUGAUUUUUUUUUUGGUUUGAAUAGCAAAGAUGAGACUGCAGAAAGCAAAUAAAUUCGACAUCAAAGUCCAACUCUGGGAACAGAAAUGUACAGUUCUUCAAAGGCUGGUAACUUUAGUUACCAAACUAUAUGACAUUCUUUGCCC